UUGGUUACGAGUAUUAUUGGCUCUGUAAUACAAUUUUCUUUCCAGAGUUGUUGCAGUUCUGUGAGAAAUGGAAGACUUUGAGGAGUCGAAGUCUGACUGUAGUCUGGAGUCUAAUGAACUACCACCAGUGCCGCCAUUGAUGAAGUUGAAAAGGAACAAGCUCGACCAAACUUCUAGAGAGCAUGGUCCAUCGUCCGUUCCACCAUCUUCGGGGUCGAAGAUUGGCGAAGCAAACACAGAGAAAGCGUAUUGUAUGAGAUUUGCUUCACUGGAAAAGAGAGAGGACACGAUUAUUAUAAACCCUGAGUAUACCGGAAGCAUAAAUCCUGCUUCUCCUCCGCCAUUAAUAAAAUGGACGAGGAACACAAUUCCGUCGGCCAGUAUUUCUAAUCGUCAACAAGCUUUCACAAAGACAUUUCGAACCGGCGAAAAGAUCGAAAGAGCUGAAGCUAAGUAUAGUACACAGUCUGAAAUGGAAGACGUAGUGAACUGGCAUUCAACGGUCAGCGGGUAUGAGAAACGUGCAUCGCCUGUGAAGCCACUUCUUCAAUUUCAAAUGGACGUCUUAACUCCAGCCUCAGCGUCAUAUACUGGAGUUACUGCUGGAAGGACGCGUGGAACAUGGGAGCAAACUGAUGCGUUUGGCAUGCCAGUUGCACGAAGGCGUCCUGUCGAACAAAAUGCUGACUCUUCUAAGGUUAUGACUCGUAAUCAGGAUCCAGACAAGCGUUCUAAGUGUAAGGCAAUACGGAAGUGUCGGUUUUGCCAUAUCGAGUUCAAGAACGAUUCUCAACUAUCCCAGCAUGAACGUGUUCAUACUGGAGAUCGACCAUUUAGGUGUGAUGUAUGCGGGAAGCCUUUCACUCAAUCAGGCAAUCUAUUUGUUCAUAAACGUACUCAUACUGGGGAUCGACCAUUCAAGUGUGAUGUAUGCGGCAAGUCUUUCACUCACUCAUCGAGUUUAUGUGUUCAUAAACGUACUCAUACUGGAGAUCGACCAUUCAAGUGUGAUGUAUGCGGGAAGUCCUUCACUCAAUCAUGGAGUCUAUGUGUUCAUAAACGUACUCAUGCUGGAGAAAUACCGCACAAGUGUAAGACAUGUGGUGCGUCGUUCAAGGAUUCGUCCAAUUUUCGCAGACAUGAACGUAUCCAUUCUGGAGAAAGAUCUUCUACGUGCUAGACAUGUGUAAGGUCAUUCACACAGUCAUCCCAACUACAUGACCAUGAACGUAUACACACAGGAGAACGUCCGUAUAGGUGCUGAGAGUGCACAAAGUUCUUCAGAAUAUCAUCAUGUUACCGUAGACACGAGUGUAUUCAUAACCUACAAUGAAGAGUCUAAAAGUCGUUACAAAGUGUUUUACUAUUGUGUGAAAAUGAAUUUCUCCUCUUUGCGCUUAUAAAUUGUGAGAGAAAGAGUGUGAGUGUCUGUCUGUUUGAAAGAUAGUAUACAUUCGCAGCAUUUAAAAAAAGAAAUCACUCUUU